AAACGUCUCUGCUCUCCACGAACGAAUCACCAUGAAGCUCGACAACGCUACGAUCCUCUCCUGCCUGCGAACAGCCACUGCCGCGCUCGCCGUCCUGUUCCUGAUCGGCUGGACCGAGCAGGUGGUGUCGCACCCCGUGCACCAAGAGCACCUCUCCGCGCCGCUGAACGACCCACGGACGCAAGAGGCUAUCCACAGAGUGUCGCAGGAUGGUCAGAGGAAAGAGCUGGAGGAAGACACCAGCAUCAGGCUGAUGCCCAGAGUCAACACCGACCAGAACCACAUGGAGAUCUGCUGCCUCCACGCCAACAUCCUCGACUUCUACUUGAACAACAUCCUGCACAAAUAUAGCGGGAAGCAUCCAAGCAUGCACCAGCUACAGACCGACCUCCACCGCGUCAGCAGCGACCUGCAGACCCAAGGCUGCAACGUCACUCACUACCACGACCAUCACCACGCCGUCGAGUUUCGCAGGAAGCUGGAGAGGAUGGAGGGCGAGCGCGGCAUCAACAAAGCUGUUGGAGAAAUCGACAUCCUUUUUACGUACCUGCACGAUUUCUGCAAGGAGCCCAGAGCCGCCGCCAACGCCACCGCCAGGAACUGAUUCCCCGACGGCUUCUGUCCUAACAUAUUUAUUUUAUUUAAAUUUUUAUUGCAGCAACUUUUGUACUUUUAUUUAUUGGUCUAUUUAAUUGCAAAUUAUAAUAAAUUUCUUUUUUUAUUAUUGCUCCUAAAAUAUUUAUACUUUUUGAUCGGUUUGUUGUUGAAUGCCGGAGCUGAGAAGGUUUUGGUGUUCAUUAUAUUGUUGCCAUUUCAUGGCUGAAUUUUAAGACAGUUAACAGUAUUUGAACGUCAGUCAACUUGGUUGUACUCAUUGAACUGCUUGCUAUAUGUUUUAUUGGUUACGUUUUUAAA